AUGUGCAUCGUCCUCCUCACCACGGCGCACCCAGACUAUGCGCUCAUCGUCAUCGACAACCGCGAUGAGUUUAUUCUGCGGCCCACCUCCCGGCCCCACUGGUGGACACCAGGCAAGUCCUCGGCUGUGACGCCGAACGGCACUCUGCGAGGAACACCAUCCAGUGACACGCCAUCCAACGGCACACCAGCCAGCGGUACGCCAGCGCCGUCUGCUUCGCUGGCUCCGCCACAACCUGACCCCGCGACCACGCACAAGAUCCUGUCCUCCCGCGACCUGCAGCGGGACGAGCACGGCACGUGGAUCGGCAUCACCACGGCCGGCCACUUUGCCGUCCUCACCAACUUCCGCGAAGACACGCCCAACGACGCCGCGCACCCCAUCCACGGCCAGCGCAGCCGCGGCGGCAUGGUGACGGCGUGGCUGACGGCCGGCCGCGACGAGACGACCGACGAGUUUGUGGAACGCAUGCUGUCCGGGCCGGGCGUCAAGGGCGUGGGGGGGUUCUCCUUGAUUUGCGGCAAGCUGCGAAAGAACCUGUUUGACGCCGCCGCCGCCGCCGGCGAGCGACGGGGCCGGGCCACAAAGGGGCUGGCCGUCGUCUCCAACCGCGCCGACCAGGUCGCUCAAGUACCGUGGAUUGCGGGCCGGCGCGGUGAAGUGUACGGCCUGUCCAACACGAGCUACGACGACCCAGACGUGUGGCCCAAGGUGCGCGACGGCAAAGAGGCGCUGCGGCAGCUGGCGGAAGACGAGGCCCGGGCCCGGGUCCAAGCGCACAUACAGGCAGACGCGGAACGCAACGCCGAGGCCGAGCAGGCCGUCGAGGAGCUGGCGGGCGCCGGCGUGCGGCAGCCCGCCGAGCUGCGGGACGCCCUAUUUUCCAUUCUCGACUGCGACACGCUGCCACAGCGGCCCGACCUCUCAUUUGAAGAACAGAUCGCGCUCCUCAAGCACUCGGUGUUUAUCCCACCCAUCGGCGACCAGGCACACCGCGCGUCCAUGAACAAGGCUGUGGCCAGCGGGCCCCGUCUGUGUGCCGCCAGUGUCGACGACGAGCAAGGCGCAGACAGCCUUGCCGAGACGCCAGCGGCACCGUUGAGCGCCGAGGCCUCACUGGCGUCCGAGGAGCGGCCGGACCAGCAGACCUUGGGCUUCAUGACGGGCAUGUACGGGACACAGCGGCAGACUGUGAUCCUGGUCGACUGGAAGGGCAACGUGUCGUAUACGGAGCGGGCCUUGUGGGACGCCAAUGGCAAUCCCAUCCCACGCGGCGAGGGAGACGUGCACUUUGACUUUCAGAUCGAAGGUUGGGAGGAUUGA